CGCCGCCACCGCCACCGCCCGCCGUCGGCCCACAGUCCGGUCCGGCUAAAGGACAGUACUAUGUGAAGUUGCUACAGCGCGUGGUUAAGAUAUGGGCAACACAACACUUCUGUUCUUCCGUCAGUACGACUACGUGCUCUAUUAUUGCCUGGAACCUCAAAUACAGUGUCAUUGGGUGCCGCGUGAAGUUCCCGACGUCACCCCCUGGACGAGCCUGGAUGUGUGGGUCCAACUCGGUCAAACCCUUCGUCCCUGAAAGACCUCAAAUCCUAAUUUUGAGCUAAAUCGGUACAUUCAUGUCGGGGCUAUUUAAAGUAUGGUGUGACCAUAAGACAUUCGAGAGUAUCAUCAUAGUCUUUUACAGCCUCCCUAAUUGAGUGUUUGGCUGUUAAGUAUUGAUGUCUUGACAUAAAACUGCCUUGUGGUUUCCUCUCUUUCCAAAGGUAAAUGCUGUAUCCCUGCCUAUAGUCAUCCUGUGUAUAAUUCUGUUUGGUACCUCUAGCGCCCUCUAUGCUUUCUGUCAAUACUGUGACCUUCGUUUACCUGUGCUUUGCUUGCACGCAAUCAUGUCACUCCUGCUCGUACCGCCCAAUAAACCAGAGUUAGCCCAGCACGACGUCUACUACUUCUACCCACCCUGAUAUACAACACUGGCGACGAGGAAGCAGAUCUUAGAAGAACUCGUUAGAUCGUUGCUGUGGCUGCUCGGCGGGACCAUCGGCCGGCGUGCCAUAACCUCUUUCGCCACCCGGCUCCCUUGGAACUUCGGACUGAAUCAGCUGUGAGUACGUACUGCUCAUCCGAACAUCAUGGCUGAAAAGCCGGGCUUGAUGUUUCGGUUAUCUGAGCCAGAGCGUUUGGAAGAAUUCCUCGAAGAGCUAACAUUGCUCAUGGAGGCCAGGGCUGUCACCUCAGAAAAACAGAUGAGAGGCAUCUUGUGUCAAUGCAUUUGUGAUGAAACCAAACGCAAACUCCGGCGAUGGGCGGAUCCCUUGCCACUCACAGAGUGUCCAUACAAACGGAUGAUCGAACUCCUUAGGGACAAGAUUCAGCCUUCAGUCAAUCGCGAUGUGCAAUUUAACACCUUCGUGAUGAGGUUCCAGCAGGAGGGGGAGUCGGGGGCAGCUUAUUCGGCAGAGCUCGUGCGUCUGUCCGAGAAUUUAGGCUUUGGUCAGCAAGAAGCCACACUCUUGGUUACAUAUCAACUCAAGAGGGGUAUGCGUGAUCGUGGAAUACAGGAGAAACUGUACGCGGAUUCUCUGAUUAGCCUGGAAGGCGCCCUAAACAUCAUUCAUGCUUCAGAAUCCAGUAGAGCGUGCAUCAACAGUCUGCAAAACCAAGUGGAAAUCAAUGUCAUGCACUCUCGAAGGAAGCAAGUUCCUCAGAAACCUCAGGGUAACUUCCAGCAGAAGACUGCUAGAUCACUCCCUCCUUCUAAACCAAGUACAUCUAGUGGUACAUCUAAUCAGGUUUCAUGUUUUCGUUGUGGGGAGGCUGGGCAUGUUACGAAACAGUGCAGGCUUAAAUACAAGGAUUGUGUGUGCUCUUUUUGUUCAAAGGUUGGCCACUUGUUAGCUGCAUGCAAAGCGAAGAAGAGCAGCAAGAAGAAGGUGGAGACCAACCUCGUACAGUCGCACAGCUCGGCCUCAGCUCCUCACAACAACAACAACUCAAGCCCACAAGGUAAAAUGCUGUCGACUUCCACUAAUGAUACUCAUUCUUCAGGUUUUAGUUCGUCGGGAGGUUCGACGGUUCCCUUCCAAGAUGUCAAGGGUGGCUUUUCGGAUCUUUACUCCAUCCGCUGCGACCCCCAGGUCGAUCCACUCUACAUAACCUUGUUGGUUAAUGGCAAGCAAGUAACCUUCCAAAUUGAUGAUGGAGCCGCCAAGACUGUGAUGUCUGAAUCUACUUUCCAGAAGACCUUUGGAGAUGUCCCACGGGAAUCUGCUCGAGUUGCACUGACUACGUGGGGUGCCAAGGAUGCUAUCUAUGACACCUAUCAAUCCUACGUUGAAGUUGUCUUCCGUGGUAAGACCCUUUCUCUUCCAAUUGUGAUAACCGCUGAUCAGGCAGGAGCCGCUCCGAAUCUUUUUGGCAGGAAUUGGAUCUCAGCUCUGUAUGGUGCCGAUUUCCUGGAGAAGUCUUAUCAAGUUGGUCGCUACUCCAUCAACGCACUUCAGGCAGAUCCAACUCCAGAAGUCUCACUAGGAUCUUUGCGCAGUUGGGUCCAUACUUUUCCAGCAGUCUCAGGGAAAGGAACAGGAAGAUAUACUGGACCUCCGGCCAACUUUGGCGUGCCACCAGGAACUCAACCAAAAUACCAUUAUGCAAGGUCGGUACCGUUUGCGUUGGCUGCCAGGGUUGAAGAAGCAAUUGAUGCAAAAGUUGCGGCUGGAAUUUGGGUAUCAAUUGACCCUACUGAAGUGUCCUGGGCUACAGCCCUUGUUCCAAUUCCGAAGAAAAACGGUGAGAUUCGUUUAUGUGCUGAUUACAAGUCAACCAUUAACCCAGUGUUACAGCCGGAUACCUACACUUCUCCCACGGUCAACGAAAUCUUGGCCAUGGCAGCUGGCUGUGAAGUUUUUGCAGAACUGGAUGCCAAAGAAGCAUAUCUCCAGAUCCCUCUAACCUUGGAGACAAGCAAGCUCAUGGUUGUGAACACCAAGAAGGGCUUGUUCCGUCCAACAACCUUACAAUUUGGUGUCAAGGUGGCACCAGGAAUAUUCCAGAGGAUUAUGGAUGGGUUGCUGGGCAGCUCCAAGCAAGUAAUGGUUUACCAGGAUAACAUAUAUAUAUUCUCUGUAUCAUUCCAGGAUCAUGUCUCCAAGCUACAAGAAGUGCUUGGCAAACUGAGCAAAGCUGGAAUUUGUCUCAACAGUGCUAAAUGCAUUUGGGCUGCUGCGGCAAUCAAUGUCUUGGGUUAUCGCAUUGACAAGAAUGGUGUUCACCCAACUGAUGAGAAGAUCAAGGCGGUGGCCAACAUUUCGGCACCUACAGAAGUUUCUCAACUCCAAUCUAUCCUCGGCACCAUAGCUUUCCACACCAGGUUCUUCAAGGAUCAGGCAAAUGUGUUGGAACCCUUGUACCGGCUGCUAGACAAGAAGAGAAAAUUUGAGUGGAAUCAAGUGCACGAAGACGCCUUGAACAAGGUAAAGGAAAUUCUGACUUCUAAACCAAUGCUACAUCAUUAUUCCUUGCAGCUUCCCAUAUCUGUGGUAGCUGAUGCAUCAAUGGUAGGCGUUGGGGCAGUUUUAAAUCACCUUGUUGUCAAUGAGGAUGGUUCAAUUACUGAACAUCCUGUGUCUUAUGCAUCUCGUACCUUGUCACAAGUGGAACGCCGUUACUCUCAACUUGACAGAGAAGCGCUCUCCUUGAUUUUUGCUGUCACUCACUUUCACCAGUAUCUGUAUGGGAGACAUUUUUCUCUAUUCACUGAUCACAAGCCUCUUGUUGAGAUUUUCAAGCCAGGGGCCCCGCUGCCAGACCACUUGUCACCAAGGAUGGUGCGGUGGGCGCUCAAGCUUGGCAGUAUGGAUUUGGAUCUGAAGUACCGCCCAGGAAAAUCCAUGGCAUCAGCAGACAUGUUAAGCCGACAUCCUCAAGCGGUUGGGACCACAGAAGAUUAUGAACCUGUAUGUAUUUUCUUACUAUCUGAGGAGUCUGAUUACCCACUAACAGCUAAGGACAUUGCAGUUGCCACGGAACGAGAUCCCAUUCUUCAACAAGUUUACCAAUGGAUUCAUAAGGGUUGGCCAGAGAAGGCCCCUUCAGAAGAAUUCAAACCCUUCUUUCGUGAAACAAUUGGAUUCUCAUUACUUAAUGAUUGUAUCUUGUUUGAUGACAGAGUGGUGAUUCCGGAAAAUCUGCAACCUCAAGUCCUAGAGCUGAUUCACAGUGACCACUUUGGAAUCUGCUAUUCAAAAGCUAUGGCAAGGUCUUUGGUCUGGUGGCCAGGUUUGGACAAGGAUGUAGCUGCAGUUGUAGCUUCCUGCAGUAACUGUCGGAGAACAGCAAGUAAACCUCCGCAGAACAUCACUUCCACAUGGCCACUCCCUACAAAACCAUGGGAGAGACUUCAUCUAGACUACGCUGGUCCACUGGAUGGGAGGAACUAUUUAAUCAUGGUGGACUCAUACACCAAGUGGCCAAUUGUCAAGUUGGUAGGUGAUCUGUCUGCAUCUACAUUGGUAACCCUGGUCCGUUAUUGCUUUGCAGAUUAUGGCGUACCAGACCUCAUCGUGACCGACAAUGGCACUCAGUUUACAUCUAUGGAGUUUCGGAACUUCCUCAAGCUGAAUGGAGUUCGGCAUCUGACAUCACCACCAUGGCACCCUGCAUCCAAUGGUUUGGCUGAACGCACUGUCAAAACUUUCAAAACUUUUCUUUCUCGCUUCAGUGAAGGUGACAUCCACACCAGACUGGCUCGGGUACUGAAGGCGAUGAGGACCAUGCCACAUGCUCCCUCCAACAUCUCAGCUGGGGAAGCAAUGUUUGGUCGACCACUGCCAUCAACUUUCUCCAAGAUUCACCCCGCAUCCAGGACCUCUGAAAGGCCAACUCCACCACCUUUACCGCCAGGUACUCUGGUUUGGGCCUUAAAACGCCAAAAUAACAGUUGUUCUUGGCAGCCAGGGUCGAUCAAGGAGCAUCAGGGACAAAGGAUUUACGUGGUGCUGUUACACGACGGAUCUUCGCUUCGAGUGUCGGUGGAUGAAGUGCAACGCCGUCUCGAAAAUCAGAGCGCCGCCCCUCCCCCGCCGCCACCCCAGAAGGCAGAGGUUGGUCAGCCAGAAACAACUGUCAGCUCUAAUUCGCAUGAUGUUUGGUCUACAGACAGGCAAGCAAACCAGGAGCCUCUUCAGGCCAUUUUAGCACCGCCACCUCCACCUGCUGGGCACAAUUCAAGGUCCCCCAGCCCCCCGGUGCUCAGCCCUCAAGCUAGUCCAACCAGAGAGACAUCUACUGGAUCACCAAGCCAAGGUCGUGGUCGAGGUCUGAGAGGGAGACCCAGAGGCUCCAAGAGAACUGCAUUUGUUGUCAAGGCUCAAGAGACCAGAAGUGGCAGACUCACUAAAAUUCCUGGUCAAUUCUCUGAUGCUUAAUCUUUGUAUUCAUUUGUGAUACUUUUCCUCUGUGAUACCUAUCAAUGUUUGUAUUAAUUUGUGCUUCCUGCAUUCGGCAAUUUCUUUUGCUUCUAAGCUUUUAUGCUUUCUUUGGCUGUUAUGUAUUUUUCAGCUUCUUUGUUUCAAUUCAAACCUUGUGUUUUCAUUUCAAUGAUCAUUGUACUCAAUUAACUUAAUGUUUGUUUUAAUCUCAUUAUUUUAAUUUCAAUUUUAAUUGUUCAUGCUUCUAGCUCAUAUCAAUUAAAUCUUGGCUUCACGCUUCUUUACUAUGCUUAAUGCAUUCAAUGUAGAUCUUUUAAUAUAUUUUUGUCUACUGUACUGUUUUAACUUCAAUUAAAAGGGCUAACUCAUUCAAUUUUUUCACAGCAUCCUGCCGUGUAAAUUAAUUCAUUACACAGCCUCUUCUUUUGCAUUGUUAAAAAAUCCAGGCUGUUUGGUUCACGUUUUAGCAUUGUUAAUUUAAACGACUACCUCUGGUAGUCAUUCUCAAUUAUGUAUGCUUUUAUCUUUUUUUUACUUUUUUUUGUAAACGGUGAGGAGUGCUGUAUCCCUGCCUAUAGUCAUCCUGUGUAUAAUUCUGUUUGGUACCUCUAGCGCCCUCUAUGCUUUCUGUCAAUACUGUGACCUUCGUUUACCUGUGCUUUGCUUGCACGCAAUCAUGUCACUCCUGCUCGUACCGCCCAAUAAACCAGAGUUAGCCCAG